UCGGGCCAGAAAAGUCAGUGUGGACCUAAAGAUUUUUUUCAUUUUACAGAAAAAACUAAUGGAAACAAAUGCACUCUUUCACAUCUUUGUUUGCCGUGUUUCACGUUUUCAUCAACAUAUAAACUUUUUAUACACUGAAUAUAUAAGGUCGUCCACUUGUACUCCUAUCUCCCCAAAAAGAGAAAGAAAUACAUAGAUCCAUCUAGCUAAGGAACUCCAGAGGACAACAACAAUGGAGGUGGUAAGAAGGAGGAGCUUUGGUUGGCCGUUAAUGGCGCUGAUGCUAACAUGUGCCUUGCUGGUUAUGCUGCCUAAAGUGUACUCAGUUCGUUUCAUUGUGGGAUCGAGAUUCGGUUGGACUACCUUCAAUAAGGUCAAUUACACCAAUUGGGUUAAGGACAAACAUUUCUACAAGGGCGACUCUCUCUUUUUUGUGUAUGACAAGCACAUGAUGAAUGUGCUUGAGCUAAACAAGACAGACUACGAGCAAUGCAAUACUGGUCAUCCACUUCACAAUUGGACCACUGGAACAGGAAGGGACAUUGUUCCUCUAGACACGACGAAGACCUACUAUUUUGCUAGUGGCUAUGGAUUCUGCUAUGGAGGCAUGAAAGUGGCUAUUCAUGUCGAAAAGGCACCUCUACCAUCAAAAGCUGCUCCAGUACACAGUGGUUCUACAAAUUAUAUUGCUUACCAUGGCUUUUCUGGUUAACAUAUUUACAUUUGCAACUCCAUGUUGUCCCUUAAACAACGUCGAUACUUUUGCUUUAUCAAGUCCCUCUUUUUCUGUAAUCUAUAGUCGUGUAAGUUGAUGUAAUGUUACUACAAUAAUAAUCCCGAAAAAUGAUAUGUUUUGUUAAUGUUACCUAUGAAAGUAGUCAAAGGAAGUGAAUUACUCCUUUUUCUAUUUG